CCCAGGCUUUGGGGGGGAGGACACACCACAGGAGAGCAGCAUGAGUUGGGGUGGGGGCGUUCUCCCAGUACGGGACCCCCCCCUCACCCUCCCACUUCUCCCAGUGACUCCACAUUGCCCCUACAGCCACCUGCUCUGGGUCACGAUGUGCCCCCCCCUCGGGGGGGGGGGGGUUAAAACAGGGGUCCCGGGUGGCACGUCCCCAAACGUGGGUCGGGGGGGGGAGUCACCCCGGUCCCCAGGUGCCAGGUGCUGUCCCUGGGCCUGGUUCCUGUCAGCGUCCCCAUCCCCGUCCCCGUCGCGGUGACAGGAAGCCGUGGCGUCACGGCGGGGCGAUGGCAGGCCGGGACACCUCGGGGACAGCCGAGCGGCGGUGACAGGGACCCCGUGGGGACAGGGGCAGCCCCUCAGAGCCCCAGGGGCGGCCUGGCAUCAGCACGGGGAUGUGGGGGCUUGGGGUCCUCGUCCCCCUCCUCGGCGUGGGCGCCCUGUGGGUGAUCCAGGACCCGUCGGAGGUGCAGGUGACGGCGGGCGAAGGAGUGGCCCUGGGGUGCUGGGUGAUGGCGGCGGAGCCUCUGCAGCUGCUCCGCGUCGAGUGGCUGAAGGCCACGGGGCACGGGGUGCUCUGCAGCGCCCGCAUGGGCCCCGCCGCCACCCCGGCCCCCUGCAGCCCCCGCCUGCGCCUCGCCUGGCAGCCCCCCUCCGCCACCCUCAGCAUCCUGCGGGCACGGCCGGGCGACGCGGGGUGCUACGUCUGCCGGGUCACCCUCGAGAUCCCCCGCUACGCCACCGCCACCGGCAACGGCACCGUGCUCAGAGUCAGCGCAGGCAGGGGAAUUGCCCAGUCCGGUGCGGCCACGGUGCAGGAGGGACGGGGACAGGACGGGGACGGGGACAGGGACAGGGACAGCGCACAGUGGGGCUGGCACAGCCCUGAUUCUGCUUUCCCCCCGCCGGCAGCAGCUGACGCAGGACAUGGGGCAGGGCUGGUGUGGGGGCUGGCGGGGGCCCUGGGGGGCGCCUUCCUCCUCCUCGGGCUGGCCGUCCUCGGCUACCGGCACUGGCACAGGAGAACAGACACAGCCAUCUACCUGAACGUGCUGCCCCGCUCGGCGCGGACCCCCAAGAAGUGAUUGCCCCCCCCCCCCCGAAAGGUGACAAAGAGCAGCGUGUACCAGGGGUGGGGGCACCCCACUGGCCCUGAGGGUGCCCACCCCAGAGAGGACCCCCAAACGCCCCACGCCAUGCCCCAGAGGCCCCGGUUGUCUGCGCUGGCUGGGGAGUGGCGGCGCCUGGGGCUGCUUUACACAGGAAAAGCCCCCAAAAAAGCUGUUGUGCAGCACCCUG